AGUUGCCUGCAAACCGCUCGAGGAGAUAGUACAUACCAACCAGAAGAGGAAAAGCUUAUCUAGAAGGGAUUGUUUAUGUUAAAAAAUCUGUUACACCCGCAGAAAGCAUGAAGCUCAGCAUUGGGAUAUUUUUUGGUGGUCUUUUUGGUGCUUUGGGAAUUUUAGUUCUUUUGGUGGCAUUUGGAUCAGACUAUUGGCUACUUGCCAGGGAGAUUGAAAAAUGCUCAAAAAACCGAACAGAAGGGGUUGUUGACCCAGUCAUUCUGCAUCAUGAAGGUUUCUUUUGGAGAUGCUGGUUUAAUGGGGAUAUAGUAUCGGAUAAUAACACCAUGGCAGCUUUUUGGAUCACCAAUCAAGCUCCAACUAAGAACUGCACACAUGCCUACCUUUCUCCAUUUCCAAGGACCAGAGACGACCAUAACUCCACAGCGUAUCAUUCUGCAGUUGUAUAUCGAGGAUUUUGGAACAUCUUCAUGCUUCUUGGUGUGGUCACAGUAGUAGCUGGAGGCUUCAUCAUCAUCUGUGCAGCGCCUUUUGUCAACUAUAAACUUUAUAAAGCAGGAGGUGGCCUUUUUAUCACCGCUGGUAUAUUUUUCACAUUUGUGGUGGUGAUGCAUGUCAUCUGGGUUCAGAGCGUGUCUGAUGUGAGGAGUUACCAGGACAUGAAACAACAAGAUUGCCCGGGUUACACUGCGGACAUUCGCUACGGCUGGUCCUUCAUGCUGGCACCAUUUGGAAUAUUUUUUUCUCUGCUGGCAGGAAUGCUGUUUCUCUUAGUGGGACAUACUAUUGUGGUCCACACAAAGUAACCUGGUGAAGUCAAGGCUUCUCCGAGGUUUCAGCUAUAAAACUCUUUACAAUUUCAGUUAUCUUUUACAAUAGAGGACCCAACCAUUCACCUGUUCAGAAUUUUUUUUUAUUUGAAUUUGUUUAUAGGUACUGUACUUUAAGUCACUUUCAACUUUAUCUGUUGUCUGUCUAAGACCAAAUAUCACAGUAGUUAAAGGGGUUGUCUCACUUCAGCAAAUGGCUUUUAUCAUGUAUACCAAUCCUGACCUAGGCCUCUCACCCAGUUAAGCCAGUAUUCUCUGCUCUGCACUGAUGGGGCAGAUGAGCUG